GUGGUUCCAAACACUGAACGUUUGGUCUCACUGAUCUCCGAGCAGUUCCUCACCAUCACCGGCAACGUCACCGCCUUGGCCGAUCCGAAGUUGCAUCGCUAUCGCCUGGCGUCGGCCGCGGCGGCACGUCACGCGGCGCUGGUCACGCGGCGGUACGCACGCGAGCGUAGGGCUGAGGAGCCAGAGGACUUGAGGCUCGAGGAGCUCGACCCGAGCUUUUGCGAGGCAGCACCACAGUUCCUGCAAAUCAAGAAUGAAUCCAGGAACAUGGAUGAGUUUGACUUUGUGAAUGAUUGCUGCGAACCUACGAAGUUUGACUCUCUGGGCAACGAGCAGUGCUUCCCAGAAUGGCCCUCCUGGCCCGUGCGGAUUUGCUGUGCUCAUCAUUUGUCCCAAGGGCCUUCGAAGAGCUCCUACUUUGCGGGCUUUUGGAGGACCCUCGCUUGGAGCAUCUUUGAAAGCACCCAGAGCAUUGACGAGCCGCCAAUAGCAUUUGAGAGUCACGUGAAGAGCAUCAUGGCAUAUCACAAAUCGGGUGUCAGUUUGUCCACUGAGCUGGUGGGGAAUGUGGCACCGGGGCCCUUGACCCGGUUCUUGUUGAAGAAUCCGGAGGAGACGGUCAUGGUGCCACAUGACUUCCAGGUGACGAAGUUCGGGAACCACAACAGCCUGAGGGGCGGCCGGCCCGUGAUCAGCCCCUUCUUCCAAUCCUUUACACGAACCUUCAGUGAUACGAAGACGAGUGAUAUGAUCAUCCACUUUUCCAACCCCUUGAAGUCCGAGAUGCAGCUACAACGAGCUUCUUCAGAACGUCACUGCAAGGCAGGGUUUGCAAGCCGAGUAUCUAAGAAGCCGCUGGGACAUUGUGAAGAUGCUGGAAAACGCCCAGGCGUGGCAAAGCUUGGAUCACGUGCUCCAGGUCCCUAUGGAGAGCUUCCACCACGACUUCAACGGCACCCUGCGCUGCAUUGCCCGCUUCUUCUUCGACCAGAAACCAGACCAGAUACCGGAGCAACAGUUUUCAGCCGACCUGGAGCGCUUUUUGGAGGAGUCCCAGGGCAUGUCGCCCGAGGUGCUCCAGAGCUGUCGCGAGGCGCUGCUGCGCGGCGAGCACUGCACGGGGCCGCGGAGUGA